CACGGCGAGCAUGAAGACUCCAGCUGAGCGCGGCCCCGUCCCCAUCAGCGGCUACCUGUUCAAGAUGAAGGCCAAGGAGCGGCUUCUCACGCCGCAGUGGAACAAGCGCUUCUUCGCCCUGGAAGGCAAGAAGCUCAAGUAUUACCAGCACGAGAACUCGCCGGAGGCCUCCAAGGUCAUCGAUCUGCUGGCCAUCGAGUCCAUCCGGCGGUUCGAGAACGGCGACCACGGCGUCUACAGCUUCGUCGUUAAGACGCCGGAGCGCAGCUACUUCCUGCGCGCCGAGAGCAAGGGAGACAUGAAGCGCUGGGUGCGCGGCCUCAAGGAUCAGCAGGAUCUGUGGCGCGCCAAGCAGGAAAAAGGCACUGCGCUGCCGGACCCGGCUGUGCGCAGACCCAAGCACUACAGCGACUUCCCGCUCGUGCCGCAGGCCAGCUCCGGCAGCCUUCGAGCCUAG